AAGCACCAGAAGUGGCCGGCAUUCUGGGUAACGAGCUGUUUACUUCCUGCGGGUGUGUAGGCUGUGGCUGUCUUCAUCUCUGUUGCUCUUCCCAUCGGAGAAGAUGGCCCUGGAGACCGUGCCAAAGGACCUGCGGCAUCUGCGUGCCUGUUUGCUGUGUUCACUGGUCAAGACUAUAGACCAGUUUGAAUAUGAUGGUUGUGACAAUUGUGAUGCAUAUCUACAAAUGAAGGGUAACCGGGAGAUGGUAUACGACUGCACCAGCUCUUCCUUUGAUGGAAUCAUUGCGAUGAUGAGUCCAGAGGACAGCUGGGUCUCCAAGUGGCAGCGAGUCAGUAACUUUAAGCCAGGUGUAUAUGCAGUGUCAGUCACUGGUCGCCUGCCCCAAGGAAUCGUGCGGGAGCUGAAAAGUCGAGGAGUGGCCUACAAAUCCAGAGACACAGCUAUAAAGACCUAGCAAGAUGCAGGGCCGCCAGCGUCUUCGCUCUCCACCUCCUGCCUCUCCUUAUUUUUUGUUCUGGAACUAAGUGGGCAGAACUUCAAAUACUUCCUACCCUCCAAUUCAGACUCAGCCGACUGUUGAGAAAGCAGCACAUCGUUCUAUCAUUUUUUCUUCCUUGGACUACAGGUGGGGGUGGGAGGGAUUUAGGUUGGUGGAUUAACAGAUGGAAUUGAGGAGAGAGUAGGAUGCUGAUUUUCCUACCCAUGGCCCAGGGCUGCACCUUGCCCAUGCUGAGGACUGUAGGUUAAAUAUCAAUAAAUAUGAACCUCUAGAAAGUUCUUAAGGACAUGACAACUGCCUUGCCUCCCUCUUCUGUUCCGUUAGGCACAGUAAGAGCUUAUUUGCCCUGUAAGAACCUUCCCAGAGCAGCAGAGGCCUUUCUACUCCCACUUGACUGUCUCAGCCCAGGAUUGCAGCCUUUCUAGUGUGCUUCCUUGCCUCCUAUCAGAAGGUGCUGUCCAGAGGCUCGGUAACCCCAUCAGCUUGGUGGCCCUGGUGUCUCGUGCCUGUAUCGUCCUGCCCUUGAGACCUGGCACAGCAGUAUUCCUUGAAGAAAUCCUGAGGCUUCAUGUUUAAUAAUUCUUUUCCCUCACUGCUCAUCUGUUUUAUUCUCUUUACUGCUCUUCGUAUACCUUAGGCCAGUCUCAUGUACUCACAUUUUACAUUUUCCUAACUGGAGGCCCUUGGGCCUUGGGUGACUGCUGGGUCCUAGUCUGUCUUGUUUGUGCCCCUCUAGGAGGUAGUCCUUUUCUCCUCCAGCCAAGUGAGGGACCUUGGGUAAUACCCCAUUUUUUGGGCCAGGGGGAGUUACUUGUUUUAGGAUAAAAAAAACUUACCACAAAUUCUCAUUUACUUAAAUUUCCACAGAAGUCCUGUCAGUGUCCCUAUUUUUAUUUCCCUGAGUUCCUUGUUCUCCCUCUGUAAGAAGAGAAUGAUUACACCCUGCCUGUUUACCUCAGGAUUGUUGUGAUUGUAGAAACGAAGCUAUGUGAAAAUUA